CGUCCGCUCGCCCCGUCCUGCCCACGUGUACCGUUUGUGAGGUGUUACCGGCAAGCAAUCGACUCUGCCAAGAUCCGUCUCGUCACGAGCCCGCACCUCGUGCCGUCGCACCGCCCCACCUCCUUCCCUAGCGCCAGCGGAAGCUAGACAGCAUGGCUAAUCCCCCGCCGGACCUCGUCGAUCUCGGCCGCCGGCUGCUCGAGCACGGGCCGGUCAAGACCCUAUCCUCUGCGGGCCGGCGGAUCCGCGUCCUGUUCAACGGCGCGUACGUCGCCGAUAGCACCGACGCCCUGUUCGUCUGGGAGCACCCGUACUACCCCUUCUACUACCUCCCCGCGAGCUCGUUCGCCCCGGGCACGCUCGUCCGGCGACGCCCCCCGUCCUCGCCCGCCGCGCCCCCCUACUCGACGGCGGACCUGCGCGUCGGCGGCCGAGCCACGGACCGGGUGCUAGUCUUCUCGGACGAGUUCGGGGCCGCCGGGGAGGCGGACGGCGCGCGGCAGCUGGCGGGCCGGGUGCGCGUCGAGUUCGGCGCGGCCGACGGCUGGUUCGAGGAGGACACGCAGAUCUACGUGCACCCCCGGGACCCGUUCCGGCGCGUCGACGUGCUGGCGUCGGCGCGGCCGCUCGCCGUGCGCGUCGCCGGGCGGCUCGUCGUCCCGCCGACGACGGCCGCGCACCACCUGUACGAGACCGGCCUGCCGUGCCGGUACUACGUGCCGCCGACGGCGGUCGACCGCGCCGUGCUGCGCAACAGCGCCACCACGACGGCCUGUCCGUACAAGGGCGUGGCCAAUUACUACCACGUCGAGGUCGAGGGUGGGGGCGAGGGCGAGGAGGGCGAGGAGAAGGAGCAGGCGAAGGCGACGAAGACGUUCCAGGACCUCGUCUGGUAUUACAAGACCCCGACCCUGGAAUCCGCGCCGAUCGCGGGCCACCUCUGCUUCUACCACGAGAGGGAGGGCGUGGAGAUCAUCCUCGACGGCAAGGUGCUGCCCAAGCCGAAGACGCCUUGGUCGUGAGGAGCGGAGCGGGCGGGGUCUUUGGUGAGUUAGCUGCGCGUGCGUGAUGGAGAGGUAAAUGCUACUAUAGGGGAGGUUGGUCUUGGUGCCGCUCGCCAACUCACAUUUGUGGAAAAUUCUGCACCCGCGACGUGACUAAUAUGUGCGGUGUCGCGGGAAUUGGGCACCCAUCCUGUUUCCCCGCGCGACGGGCGACGGGGAGUGUCCGGAGGCGGAGGUUUAUCCUAGUUUUUCUUGCCGGCGUGAAGAAACCGUCCGUGAAAUCCGCGCCAAUGGCAGUGAAGGCAUCUCAGUGCAACGUUGAUAAAGAACAAGAGUGUAGAUCCCCUUUCCCCAGAUUUCCGUAAGCAGCUUUUUUUCACGUCUCUCCGCCGCGCGAGUACCACCCACACCUUGAGCCUAUAUGAAUCCGGGUGAGUGUGUUACUAUACCUAUAUCCCGGCCCCCUGUCGAGCAUAUGCAUACUGAAUGCCCUUUAUUACGUGUAGAUGCACCGUAUGUGCUAUGUAGUUAAGGCCGCCCUGUUAACAGUUGACCCCCCUAGUUUAUCCGACUAUACUGCGUUGUAUAACUGAAGAUGCAGCAACUGUCGAUUCGCAAUACGAGCAAUGUCACUUACUCGCAUUAGUUUAACUCGAUCUUUGCUGCUCUCAUACUCU